AUGGCUUUGGUGCCCGCUGCUUGUUCGAGUGGGUACCAUGUCAGCAGGAAGAUAAAGGAAGCCGUCAGCAGGGAGAUAAAGGAAGCCGUCAGCAGCAAGAUAAAGGAAGCCGUCAGCAGGAAGAUAAAGGAAGCCGUCAGCAGGGAGAUAAAGGAAGCCGUCAGCAGGGAGAUAAAGGAAGCCGUCAGCAGGAAGAUAAAGGAAGCCGUCAGCAGGAAGAUAAAGGAAGCCGUCAGCAGGAAGAUAAAGGAAACCGUCGAUACCAUAAAAAUAACGGGAGAGGAAGUACCAGCCCAGACCUCCAGCUGCAAGGAGCACAGAGGAGAGGGGAGGAAGUACCAGCCCAGACCUCCAGCUGCAGAUAGCACAGAGGAGAGGAAGUACCAGCCCAGACCUCCAGCUGCAGGGAGCACAGAGGAGAGGAAGUACCAGCCAAGACCUCCAGCUGCAAGGAGCACAGAGGAGAGGGGAGGAAGUACCAGCCCAGACCUCCAGCUGCAGAUAGCACAGAGGAGAGGAAGUACCAGCCCAGACCUCCAGCUGCAGGGAGCACAGAGGAGAGGAAGUACCAGCCAAGACCUCCAGCUGCAAGGAGCACAGAGGAGAGGGGAGGAAGUACCAGCCCAGACCUCCAGCUGCAGGGAGCACAGAGGAGAGGAAGUACCAGCCCAGACCUCCAGCUGCAGGGAGCACAGAGGAGAGGGGAGGAAGUACCAGCCCAGACCUCCAGCUGCAGAUAGCACAGAGGAGAGGAAGUACCAGCCCAGACCUCCAGCUGCAGGGAGCACAGAGGAGAGGAAGUACCAGCCAAGACCUCCAGCUGCAAGGAGCACAGAGGAGAGGGGAGGAAGUACCAGCCAAGACCUCCAGCUGCAAGGAGCACAGAGGAGAGGGGAGGAAGUACCAGCCCAGACCUCCAGCUGCAGGGAGCACAGAGGAGAGGAAGUACCAGCCAAGACCGCCAGCUGCAGGGAGCACAGAGGAGAGGAGAGGAAGUACCAGCCCAGACCUCCAGCUGCAAGGAGCACAGAGGAGAGGGGAGGAAGUACCAGCCCAGACCUCCAGCUGCAAGGAGCACAGAGGAGAGGGGAGGAAGUACCAGCCCAGACCUCUAGCUGCAGGGAGCACAGAGGAGAGAGGAGGAAGUACCAGCCCACACCUCCAGCUGCAGGGAGCACAGAGGAGAGGGGAGGAAGUACCAGCCAAGACCGCCAGCUGCAGGGAGCACAGAGGAGAGGGGAGGAAGUACCAGCCCAGACCGCCAGCUGCAGGGAGCACAGAGCAGAGGGGAGGAAGUACCAGCCCAGACCUCCGGCUUCAGGGAGCACAAAGGAGAGGGGAGGAAGUACCAGCCUAGACCGCCAGCUGCAGGGAGCAGAGGAGAGCGGAGGAAGUACCAGCCCAGACCUCCGGCUGCAGGGAGCACAGAGCAGAGGGGAGGAAGUACCAGCCCAGACCGCCAGCUGCAGGGAGCACAGAGGAGAGGGGAGGAAGUACCAGCCCAGACCUCCGGCUUCAGGGAGCACAAAGGAGAGGGGAGGAAGUACCAGCCUAGACCGCCAGCUGCAGGGAGCAGAGGAGAGCGGAGGAAGUACCAGCCCAGACCUCCGGCUUCAGGGAGCACAAAGGAGAGGGGAGGAAGUACCAGCCAAGACCACCAGCUGCAGGGAGCACAGAGGAGAGGGGAGGAAGUACCAGCCAAGACCGCCAGCUGCAGGGAGCACAGAGGAGAGGGGAGGAAGUACCAGCCCAGACCUCCGGCUUCAGGGAGCACAAAGGAGAGGGGAGGAAGUACCAGCCAAGACCGCCAGCUGCAGGGAGCACAGAGGAGAGGGUAGGAAGUACCAGCCCAGACCUCUAGCUGCAGGGAGCACAAAGGAGAGGAACUAG